AUGGAGAUGGACGAUGACCCAGACCCAGAAAUGCAAACCGGAACACGGGGCCACCUAAUUAGCAUCUCAAGCGGUUCCCCAUUUCAGGGAUCGCCGUACUGUGGGCCCGAUUCAUUUCAAGAAAGGAUGGCCACUUAUGAUUGGUACUUUACUCCUUCGUACCAUAACUCUCCAGCUCAACCUCCUUUGGCUGAACCCCAGCUUCAAGCAGUUUCACCUCCACCACUUCCUGUUGAGGAGCCGCCUAAACAGCCACCUCAGCCACCUCUCGAGCCUCCGAGGCGAAGGAGAAAUGCUCGAAUUUCUGUGCGAGUAGGACCUCGAUUCAGUUCUCCUCAGGGUUCAAGUUCUUACCCUCCUAUCCUCGAGGACCCCCAAAUGGGUGGACCCUCGCACGUGGUGCCGGAGAACGAUCCUCUACCGGUUUCACAUGCACCACCGCCACCAAAGGGUUUCGACAACCCGAUCCCGACUUACCCAGGAUCUUCUGGGUACAACCCUUUUGAAAACCCAUCGGGAUAUCCAUCGGAUUAUGGACUGAUUCGAUUGAGCCAGAAGUAUUUAAGAGACAGUGGAAGUUGGUAA